AUGGUGUCCUGGAAAUAUGCACUAUGGAGGAAACGCAUUCUUAUGGCAUCAAGUUCGCGUGCUUUUCAUGAUUGGCUGUGGCGCUGCAACUCGAUUAUUUCCAAUGACGCAAACCAAGCCGCAACGCUCUCGUUUGACUAUCAGCACUUAAUUCUUUGGCAAAAUAGGCCCGAGUUUCAAGCGGAAAAUGUGGCAUCUCCUCCUUUUCACGUGUGGCUUGAUCCUCGCAGGACAGACUUCUGUUUCAGCUCAACCAGCCACACGGAUGACAAUGGUAUCAAAUGGAUACCCGACGACAAAUACAUCACCACCGGAGUGAAAACCUCCAUUGCAAGCCCUUUGAAACAAGGCUCGGAUCUAAUUUUUCAGCGUCUUCGCUACUUUAGCGACACCUCCCGGAAGCACUGCUACGCUUUGCCAGUCGUCGUGGAUGAGAGCUACAUCGUGAGGCCGCGGUUCGACUACGGAAACUACGACGGGCUGGAGUCAACUAUAGUUGAGUUUGAAAUUGCAAUUGGUGCUAACACUCUGGCGAACGCGAGCCUGGAUAGCCAAUCACGGUGGUAUUUCGAGUUUGUGGUGAAAGCCACAAACUCGACGUUAGAUCUAUGCCUUGGAACCCGCUCGAAUUCACCGGCAAAUAUCCCAUUCAUCUCCGCAAUCGAGCUUAGAAGGCUGGCUCCUGGGAUGAGUGGAAGUGUCUCGGAUUAUAGUGAGGUCUUGGUCCUGUGGAGAAGGAUCAAUCUUGGAGCAACUUUGGAUGAAGAUAUCAGGUAUCCUUGGGAUGAAUAUGAUCGAAUAUGGAGAGCUGACAAGGGCUUCAAAAACAUGGGAAGCUACAGGCGGAUUAGCACUAACUCGACUGUUUCCGUGGGGAGAACUUUGAACAAGCCUCCCACCGCGGUGAUGAGGUCCGCGAUCGUUUCUAAUUCCGAGAUGGUCUUCGAGUUUCCAGCCACGCUUGAUGCGACGAGGUACUACGUCAACUUUUACUUUGCGGAGUUUUUUGCUCUGGGGAAUGACACGAGAGAGUUCACGCUCCGUUUCAACACCAGCUCUCUUGAAAUUCCCGAGGUUAAGACGAUCAUCAACAUCGAGGAGCACACCCAGGCUCCACUCACUUCAAUACAAAUGUAUCUCGAGGCUCCACUGAAGCUUUCAGAUCCAACGCGCUUCUUUCUUAACCCCACGCCAAACUCUACGCUGGGUCCAAUCCUCAAUGCCGCCGAGCUCUUCGAGUACAAAGGUGGUCUCCUUCCAGGGACAGAACCCGACGAUGGCCUGGCUCCAAAGUCUCCAAACUCCAACACCAAAAUCUUUAGUUAUAAAGCUGUUGUCGAGGCCACAAACAACUUCAAGCGAGUUCUAGGCGAAGGAAGCUUUGGACCAGUGUACUAUGGCUGCCUUUCCAAUGGUGUGGAAGUUGCUGUUAAGGUCUUGUCAAGCACCUCAAAGCAAGGAUAUCAAGAGUUUAACACGGAGAUUGAUAUUCUAUCAGUAGUACAUCAUAGGAACUUGGUCUCUUUUCUUGGCUACUGUGACCAUGGAUCGAAGCUUAUACUGCUCUAUGAGUUUUUGUCAAAUGGAACUUUAAAAAAGCACUUGUAUGGUAAGCCAAGCUGUCCAACUUUAAGCUGGAAAUCUCGGCUGCAAAUUGCUUUAGACGCUGCUCAAGGACUGGAGUAUUUGCAUACGUCUUGCAAUCUUCAUAUAAUCCAUCGUGACAUCAAAACAACCAACAUACUCUUAAGUUCUGCUAUGGUUGCCAAAGUCACUGACUUUGGGCUUUCCAAGCUUUAUGACAAGAACAACACAUCUCAUGUCUCAACUAUUGUCAAAGGGACUCCAGGAUAUCUCGAUCCAGAGUACCAUUCCUACAGCAGACUCACAGAGAAAUCAGAUGUGUACAGCUUUGGAGUGGUACUGUUUGAAAUUAUUUGUGGCCGUGAACCUAUCAAUCUAACACUUCCAGAGGAACAAGUUGUUCUUUCAAAAUGGGCAUGCAAAGAACUUGAGAAAGGCAACCUACAAAAUAUAAUAGAUCCCAAGUUAUUAGGCUAUAAAGAGCAAGUAGCAUGGAAAGUUUUGGAGCUUGCAAUGAACUGUGUGGAGCAUCGAUCUGAGAGGAGGCCUAACAUGAACACUGUGGUAAAUGAGCUGAAAGAGACCAUCCAACUUGAGGAGGAAGGGAUCUUUCUCACAUGA